GCCUCCUUCUCCCUCCCCUCUCUAGCUCUCUCUCUCUCUCAGUUCCUAUCCUAGCUCGCAAGCCAACCACCCCCAGCUUUCCAUGCUCAUCAGCUUAUGGUAUCGCGUUACCUUUUUUGUUAUCGCUCUCCGUUUCCUACGCCGCACACUGCCUCUCUCUCUCUCUCGUGUGCCCUUCGCUUCUUAUGCCAAUUGCUCAUCAUUUCUCGAGGUUCUACACUUCUAUGUCCCUUUCUCCCCCUUCGUUACAGCCGAGACAAUCGUUGGACGCAGUAGAAAGAUCCCCCUCCCUCGACCCCCGGUGCUGCCACCAAUAGAAAAUCCAACCUCCAGUACCACUCCUUUACUAGAUCUUGUACUCUCUCUCUUCACUUCAGUAGUCUAUAUCUAAAUCAAAGAACAAGAAGAAGGAAGACAGAACAAGAAGGAGACGAGAUGAGCCGGUGCGUUCCUAGUUGGGACCUCGAUGACCAUCCUAACCCACCACCUCUUCUUCCCUCCAACCACCUUCCAUCGCGCGCCCCGCUCGUCCCCAUGUCGGACUACGAGGUGGCAGAGCUGGCAUGGGAGAACGGCCCCCUUGUCUCGCACGGCCUCGGCCAGCAUCGCAUCGAGGAGACCAUCCCCAAGGAACCCUCCUCCUCCGCGGCUGCCGCCGAGUGGGAAAAGCCGCGGCCGAGCGGCACCCUGGAGGCCGUCGUGGACCAGGCCGCGGACGCCCAGCUCCUCCCCCCGACCCCAACCCCCGACCUCGCCGCCUGGCUCGCCGUACCCCAAGCCCACGGCUCCACCCAGGCCGUGAUGGAUGCCAUCGUCCCCUGCACCGCCGCCCCGCGCGACGACGUCGCCGACCCGGAGAUCGGGAGGAAGCGGCCGAGGGUCGGGGAGGGCGGGCGGGUGUGCGCGAGCCGGGGGAGCGCAGCGGUGCCCGGGGCGGGGAGAAGAGGGGAGAGCACGCAACCGACGCUGGACACGUGCGGGGGAGACGACGUGGGGUUCACUGCCGCCGCCAACUCCGCCUCGCCGUCGAUGGCGGAGGGGGAGGAUGACCGGUCGCCAGAGACGGAGAACACAAGCUCCGGCGGCGGCGUUGGCGGCGGGGUAGGAGGACGGCGAAGGCUGCUGGCUUUUGACGACCGCGACUCUGUCUGUCACUGCCGGCACUCUGAGGCGGAUGGCGGCGGGGUAUGCGCCGAUGAAGAGAAGGUAAUGAAAGAGAGUGCAGGGAGGAGGGUUUCAGCCUCCACCAGGAGGAGCAGAGCUGCCGCCAUUCAUAACCAGUCCGAACGUAAAAGAAGGAAUAGGAUCAACCAAAAGAUGAAGACCUUACAUAAGUUGGUUCCAAAUUCAAGUAAGAGCGAUAAAGCAUCUAUGCUAGAUGAGGUGAUUGAAUAUUUGAAGCAGCUACAAGCCCAGGUUCGGAUGAUGAGCAGGAUGAGAACCAUGAUGAUGCCGAUGACCAUGCUACAGCUCCAAAUGUCCAUGAUGGCCCAGAUGGCUCAGAUGGGUAUGGGAAUGGGCAUGGGCAUGAUGGACCUCAACUCCCUCAUCCACCCGUCCGCCUUUCUCCCUCUCUCAACGGCCCAUUGGGAUGGCUCCGGCGACAAAAUGCAGCAGCCUGGUGGCACCAACCUUGCCGAGCCCUUCUCGGCCUUCCUUGCCUCCCAAACAGCACAGCCGCCGCCUCCUCCUCCGCCUCCUCCUCCUCCUCCUCCUCCUGCUGCUGCUGCUGCUGCUGUGGGCAUGGACUUAUACAACUGGAUGGCCGCCCUGUAUCAACAAUUUAAUCAGCAGCCUCCAUCAGGCAAUCCCAAGCCUUAGGCGCUGGUCUUGUAUAUUUCGGACUUCAGCUCGAGGCAGACGUGCAUGGGGGCAGCCUACCAUGCGGGUGUUAAGGCUUGAGAUGGAACGUAAUUUUAGAUGAUAGCUGAUGAUAAGACCUACCUGUCGUCGACUCGACGGCCAGUGCUUUGGCGUGGAAAAUGGAUCGACCGCGUUUAUAUUUUUGCCUUCACAAAUCCAUAUGUGGCGUUCUGCCUUUGGACUCAAUUUUGUGUGGCUGGACGCGAGACGUUUGAUGGAAAAAACCAUCAAGGGUUGCAUCUUAAACACCAUGGCGCAAGUAAUGUGGAGACGAUUAACUUCAUGGUGACGAUGACAGCCCUUGUGGAGCUGAAGGUCUUAGACGCUUCCACUUUUUGCAAAGAAUUAUCAGGUUAGAAGCA